AUGCUGCUCUCUGUCCCCGAAGCACAUACCGAAGUGAUUACAUCACUUCAGUUCUCUCCUCACCACGCCAGUGUCUUGUGCUCUACGUCAGGUGACGACACAGCUGCGCUCUGGGAUCUGCGUAACCCCUCGGAUAGUUGUAAUAUCGCACGACUAACGCACCACCGCGAGCCGGUCAAUCACGCAUUGUUUAUAGAAGAAAGUGAGCCGUGUUUGCUUACCGCAUCUGACGACCGUACCAUAGCGUACUGGGAUGUGCGGGAGAUCAGCCAACCGGUCGCGGUAAUUCGUGGUUUUGGGGAUGGAAUUAACAAAAUGCUGCGGCUCCCAGUUUCCAGGCGGAGCGGAAAUGCCUGCGUGAAUGGCGGCGCCUGCUGUCUCAUAGUCAGUGCAUGUGAUGACGGCGCCGUUUACAUCCACGAUGUUGCCUUGUGUGGUGACACGCGACGCCAGUCGGGUAUGCCCGUGGAGGGAGCGGGAGACACUUUUUCCUCUACAGGGAAUCUGGUGGAUCGCUUCAUGGCUUCCACGAGUACAGUGAACGAUUUGGUGCUCUCCCCGAACCCAAAUUUGCUUCUCACAGCCUCGGAAGAUUGCGCCAUACGGUUGUGGGACAUCGGGCCAAUAUUUGGCGGGCAGCGGACGCAGGACGAACGUCUAGUGACCUCAUUCGACGAGUUCGAAAACCCCGUCAACCACAUUGCCGUCAUAAACAGCCCCCGUGUUACCCAAUUUGUGCAGGAUGAGGGACAGGGUGGACACUCCGGCUGUUGGCUCUACGCCGCGUGUUCUGAGUUCAUUUUUGCCGUCGAUUUGGACCCCGUAAGCGGGGCAUUGGGGGAAGGGGCGCGGACCUUAACUGGUCACCAAGAUUACGUGCGAGGGCUGGAAUUUGUUGGCGACGAUACCCUGCUGACGGUUUCGGAUGACUCAACGGUAAUUGAGUGGUCGUUGCGCACCUCUAACCCGGUAAGGCAAGUGAAGCUUCAUGAGGGACUUGUUAUGGCGUCGGCUGUAUCCGCAGCACGAGACGUGUUGGCCACGGGGACAGACGGCGGAGAGAUGCGGGUGUGGAGGUUGCCCUUCCUCACGGAGACGUGCUGCGGUGGAGAUGGGUGUUGA